AGCGAGAGAAAGAGAAUGAGGGGGGGAAAAGGAAAGGAAAGCAUAAAAGAAUUAAUAAGUGAACCACGCCUGUGAUCACAAUUAAGGUUAAGGCAGAUCUUCAACAUGGCUACUUCCUCAAUUACAUCCACUACAGAUUCUGGUGCUUUACAGAAAGAUACAUUCAUCCCUCAUCAUCUCACCUGCUCAAUUUGCAUGGAUAUGCUGGAUGAGCCAGUGACUUCUAUUUGUGGCCACACUUUCUGCAAGAAAUGCCUGUCCCACCACCUGGAGAAUACCCGAGCCUGCCCUCUGUGCAAGCAUUCCCUAUUGGAAAAUCCCGCAAUAAAUGUUAUUUUCAAAUCUAUCCUGCAGGAAUACCGCCAAAUCCAUGGCUUGGGUUCAAAAGUUCAAGCCCCAGAUGAGAUCACCUGUGACAUGUGCCCUAACAAUGGCAGGUGUAAAGCAACCAAAUCCUGUCUGAUAUGUCUGAUGUCAUACUGUGAUUAUCAUCUAAAGGGGCACCAAACCAAGUUGCGCCUACAAGGUCAUAAGUUGGUGGCUCCAGUGAAGGAUCUAGACCAGCGGGCAUGCUUGGUCCAUGGCAGGCCUCUGGAGCUCUACUGUAUUCAGAAUGACAAGUGCAUCUGCAGCCUGUGUGUGAAGGAAGGGACAGAGGUGACAUCUGUGGAAAAUGAAAGUGUCUCUAGAAAGAAAAUACUAGCCAGUGUGAUAAAAAACAUGGAACAGAGAAUGCAGCACCAUCAGGAGAAGGUGAAAGAGUUUCAACAUUCAACAGAAAAGUGCCUGGCUCUGAUUAAGCGAGAGAAAGAAGAGAUAAAAGAGAUUUUUGAAGCUGUGAGGAAGGUGGUGGGGGAGGCAGAGCAGGAGGCACUGGGUCCAUUAGAGGAAAAGGCAUGUCAUGUGGAAAGGGAACUGAAGGACCUGUCAGAGGAGCUGCAGCGAGAGAUCACUGAAUUCAAAAAGAUCAUCUAUAAACUACAAACAAGCACAGAGGAAGAAGACCACAUUUUCUUCCUACAGAAUUAUCUCCAGACAGUCCCAGCAUCAGAAAGUGGCAAAGACUGGACUAAUGUCACAAUGGAUACACAUUUGACCUUUGGCACUAUGAGGAACCUGGUGAAAAUUAUGAAAACUGACACUGAGACUGAGCUAAACAAGCUCUCCAGCAUUGAAAUUGAAAGGAUUAAGAAGUAUUCUGUGGAUGUGACACUGGAUCCCAACACUUCUAAUGCUCAGCUUCUGGUGUCUGAUGAUAUGAGAGAAGUCCAAGACACUGGAGAGAGAAGGACUGUCCCUGACAGCUCUGACAGGUUUGAUGUCUUUGCAAGUAUUUUGGGCCUGAAUCAGCUGCCCAGGGACAAGUCAUUCUGGGUAGUGGAUGUCAGUGACAAACAAGGCUGGGAUAUUGGGGUAGCAAAGGAGAAGGCCAACAGAAAGGGGAAUUUGUCCCUUAAACCAAGCCAAGGCUACUGGGUCAUCGUGCAUUACAAUGGGGAUCAAUACGCAGCUCUGGAAGACUCUCCAAUCCCACUCUUGCUUCAAGAUAAGCCUCAGAAAGUGGGCGUGUUUGUAGACCAACAAAUGGAGCUGGUCUCCUUCUAUGAUAUAGGAGCCAAGGCUCACAUUUACUCUUUUACUGGCUGUGUAUUUGAAGAUGAAAUUCUGCCCUAUUUUAGCCCUCAUCUUAAGCAAGGUGAAACCAACUCAAGCCCUUUGGUUAUCUGCCCUGUAAAUCUGGGUGACUGAUAUUUUUAAUUAAUGGUAAAGGAUGUUUUACAAGAACUACAAAGCCUAAAGACUGAAAUAUGUUAUAUGUGGAGAGCUCUAUAUGUAAAAACACAUCAAUCAGUAAUCUGGAAAAAAUUAUAAGCUUUCUCUUAUAGAACAAAAUGUAUUGUAAUUUAUGGACAUUUCACUAUGUUCAGAGUGCAAGAACUGUUCAUAAAUUGUUCAUAAAUUGCAUUUAGUAAUUUUCUCAUAUUUUAAAAUAACUCCCAGGCAUGUCUAAAUUUGACUAACAGGGUUCCAAACCUAUUAUACAACUUGAAUAAUGUUUGCUUUGCUUUGGCCUUUUCAAUUCUUACCUACAUUACUGAUUUUAUAGCAAGAUGACAUCAUUUACUGAUAUCUUUUUUUAACAAUAGGUGGCAUUUUUCCACCCAGACAACUUCUGACUUCAUAAAGAAAGGCAAGGAAAAUUGUAUUUAUAUAGCACAUUUGACACAAC